AUGGGACAUUCUCGAUUUGACACGCUUAAUCUUGUCCCACAGGACACCUUUCGCCAGCUCAUUGCUGAGUUUGUCGCUGAUGCAUCCCCGAAGAAGGUCAGUCUUGCAUCGGGCAUGUACUGGGACGAAGAGGGCAAAGUGGCGACACUCUCAGUUGUAGAAAAGGCAAAGAAACUACUUGAACUUGAUUCAUAUCCAAAACACGGUUAUCUUCCGGUCCACGGCAAUGCAUCAUUCAUUCACCUUACCCAGCGUCUUGUCUUUGGCGAGACAUUAGCAGAGACCCUUAUUUCUGGAACAGGUUUCCAACUUGCCUCGCUGCAAACAGUCUCUGGAGCGGGCGCCAACCAUCUCGGUGCACAUUUCCUCGCACACAAUCUCCAUCCUCGGCGUGUCUGGAUCCCUGAUGUAACAUGGGAUAACCAUUCUUUAAUCUGGCAGCUAGCUAGUGACUCCAUGUCCCAGAAAGCGAAGCCACUAGAAAUCAAAAUGUACCCGUACCUUGACCGAGAGGAUCAUUCCCUCGAUUUCGAAGGAAUGAUGAGUGUCCUCGCGCAGGAGGCCGAAACGGAUGAUGUCCUUCUACUCCAUGCUUGCGCGCAUAACCCAACGGGGCUGGACCCUUCAAGAGAGCAGUGGGAAAUCAUCUCCAAUUUCUGUUCUCACCAAAAGGUCUUUCCCUUCUUUGACUUGGCAUACCAAGGCCUAGCGACCGGCUCCCUUGAUAAAGACGCAUGGGCUAUUCGCCACUUUGUCCGCAGCAACCUAGAACUUUGCGUUGCGCAGACGUUCUCCAAGAACAUGGGUCUUUAUGGGGAGCGCGUUGGCUCCUUCCACUUGGUUACGGCCUCCCCAAAUGCAGCGAAACGUGUGUUCAGCCAGCUGACGCGACAACAACACGGAGAGAUCUACUCUCCUCCAGCAUUUGGAGCGAGUAUCGCCACCAAGAUUCUGUUAGACCCAGAGCUCUAUAAUGAAUGGCAGCGGGAUAUAGGUCUGAUGCACCAACGACUCACUGAAAUGAGGAUAGCUCUCGUGAGAGAACUCAAGAGCCUUGGAACACCAGGCUGCUGGGAGCAUCUUAAAAAACAGGUUGGAAUGUUCGCAUGCACAAACUUGACUCCAGGGCAGAUACAUCGGCUGAAGACGCGAUAUCAUAUCUAUGUAUCAAAUUCUGGCCGGAUAUCUAUUUCAGGAUAUUUUCGUGAAAGAGCCCCAAAUGCGAUACACGAGGAAGUUUACAUGACCGACAUUAAUAGAUUAUCUAUCAACAGUCGGGAAAGCAAAAUGCAUGCGGCUACACUCGAAGAGAUUGCCGAAAACGGCCCAGAUGCGUUCUAUUCAGGCAGAAUUGCAAAUUCCAUCAUAACAGCUGCUACUGCCACAGGCAGCAAUAAGGCCCUUCAGAAGCGAAGAGACUACAACUAUCUGAUACAAAAUACGUCAGACAUUUAG